AUGUCGAACCAGGAAAUUAGUCUAAAAUGGAACGGGUAUCAAAAUAAUAUAUUAUGUAACGUGAAAGAACUGUUUAAAGACGAAGGAUUGUCCGAUGUUACGCUUGUUUCCGAGGGCCAGAGCUUUAAAGCCCAUAAAGUAAUUCUUUCCGCUAAUAGUUCGGUUUUUAGAACUAUUUUCCAACAAAACCCCCACAGAGAUCCAAUUAUAGUGCUUCAUGACAUCAACACGAACUCUUUACGGACUCUGCUGACGUUUAUGUACAACGGAGAAGUCAAUGUUACCGAGGAAUUCUUACCAGUUCUUUUGAAAACAGCAGAAACUUUGAGGAUAUGUGGUUUGUCCAGUGACUCUAGUCGUGAAGAUGAGAAAGCAGCCACCAGCACACAGCCAAGUACAAAGAAGCGUAAAAAGAGUGAACAACAAGAAGAUAAUAACAAUAAAAUUAAGAAACAGAACAAUUCUAAGUCUGAAACUUCAAGCAAUGUAUCUGAAAUUAAGAGCCAUAACAUAAUGCUAAAAGAAGAACCAGUUGAUUCACCAUUGACCGAUUACUCCGGUGAAAAUACAAAUGACACAGAUAUAGCCAUAUUGGAGGAUAAUUUAGAAAAGAAAUACUCAAUUACAACAGAUUCAUUGAAAUCUGGCUUGUCAAAUGAUGGUAAAAAGUGGAAUAAUGAAGUUAGCAGCACACAACCUUCAUUAAAUACAAAUGAUGUUAUUGAUGCUGAUAAGGAAAUCGAAAUAGAUAAGGAGGUUGAAACUGUGCUACAGAGUGGGACUAUUGUUGAGUCACUGAAUAUAGCAACGGAAAACUUGAAUUUGCUGUCAAAUGAAGCGUUAAAGGGAAGUUUAGAUAAGUCUGGUGGGUGUUAUGCGAAUCCUUCAUUCCCGUGUCCAUUUUGUCCACGAGUGUAUAAUAGCUGGGGAUAUCGUCGGAGGCACGUCAAGUCAAGGCAUAUGACUAACAGACUGUCAUGCAAGUGGUGUGUCUCGGUGCUGCCAUCUACGGGCGCAUGGUACUCCCACGCGACUAAAAGUCACGGCGUCCCCCACGAAGAGGCAAGAAACUCCUUGGUCGUGAUGGUCGAAGCGCACGCGGUUCUGACGCUGAACGAGCCCAGCGUGGCUCAGCUGCUGGGGCAAGUUGGUAUGGAUGGUACUGGGCCAGUGAGUGAGAAGAGUAAUUAA